UUAAAAAUGAGUUCUUUUUCAGGGCUCUGAUAUGCUGCUUUAUCUUAGUUACUUAAAUGGCCGCAGGUUACUUGUUUUUCAUGCAUCCCACUCAAUACUCGUGAGUAAACCUAUUCCCCUGCAUAAUAGUUUUAUAAUGAAGGUGCACUCCCCGGACAGAUAACAUUUACAGUUGUUUCCAUGCUCCUUUGGGUCAAUACCGCUUCCCCAUAGAUAACGGAGUGCACAGAUGUUCACUCCACAUAAAGAUUAGUAUGUUUGGCUGAGCACCUUUUGCAUAUGCGCAAACACGAUUCAGUUUCCAAAGAAAUCACCUGGUGGAGCCUUUCUUUACCGACACUGUAUGUUACAGCAGCCGUUUCCUCUGAUGGGUCAGAAGAUGAAUCUCACAGUCACAGAUCUCUGUUGUGCCUUCGAAUCUCCCAUCCUGGACCAAGUUUUGCCUCCAGUUCUCAUCCUGGAGUUCAUGUUUGGACUAACGGGGAACUUUGUCGCCCUGUGGAUGUUCAUCUUUCACAUGGACACAUGGAAACCCAACGCUGUGUACCUCACUCACCUGGCAGUUGCAGACUCCAUCGUGCUCUUCUGCCUGCCUUUCCGAGCAGAUUACUACAGGCGUGGGAAAAACUGGCUCUACGGUGACAUCCCGUGUCGCAUCUUGCUCUUUUUGCUGGCAGCCAACCGCGCAGCUGGGAUCUUUUUCCUCACGGCCGUGGCUGUAGAUCGUUACUUCAAGAUCGUCCACCCGUCGAAUCGGAUCAACCAAAUGGGGCUGGGCUAUGCUUUCUGGGUCUCAUUUGGCCUCUGGUGCUUGAUCUUCCUUGCUACGGGGUACCUUCUUGCUGAUCAGCACUUUUAUUACAACAACAACCGUACGCAGUGUGAAAGUUUCAACAUCUGCAUGGGCUUUAGUCCCCUUUCCACCUGGCACAACACUUUCUAUGUUGUCCAGUUUUUCCUGCCCACUGCCAUCGUGGCCUUCUGCACCAUCAGAAUUACAUGGCAGCUGAGAAUCCGGACUGUGGACAAGAAGGGGAAAAUCAAACGGGCCGUUCAGUUCAUCCUGGCCGUGGCUUUAAUCUUUAUCAUCUGCUUUUUCCCCAGCACCAUAUCGCGUAUUGCAGUGUGGGUCCUCAAGGUAUGGUACAAUGAAUGCAAAUACUUUGAAGAAGCCAACCUGGCAUUCUACACGUCAGUGUGUUUGACUUACUUCAACAGUGUCCUCAACCCUGUUUUGUAUUAUUUCUCGAGCCCUGCCUUCAGUGGAGCCUUCAACAAGGUCCUUAACAAACUGUUGAGAAGAAGCAGCGACAAAGAUGAGAAAAAGUCAUCAGAGAAUGACAUUUCCACCAUAGAUGAUAGAAGGCUGUAAAGCCAGCUGCUUGUCCCUGUUCUAAUUCUGUAGGGAAACUAAGAUCCACCUGAAUACACAAAUGCAUGGUAAACUCCUGGCUAUUGAAAACAUUUAUAUUAUUGUAGUUGAAAUUAAAUGUCAAAUAGUUUUUGCUGUAAUUAUGAACAAAAUGACUCACUUACUAUACAUCUUAGUGGUGUAGUGCUUUUAUUGCAAUGAUGCACCUGUUGUGACUUUGGAUGUACUUUGUGAUUAUAAGCCACUUACCUGUCGUUAGUAGCUUACAAUUACAUUUCCCUAGUAGCUGGGCAGGUGAGUAAAGAAUGAACUUAAAAGCUUGUCAAGGCAACACCUCACAUAGAUGCCAUCGGCUCAUGUAUCCACGAUACUUGAUAAGGUUGGUUUUAAUGUUUUUAUUAGGCAGUUCAAGUGUAACACUGAUCUUUUGGCUGCCCACUGAAAUAAUAUUUAUUGAAUGAAAUGGUUGUACAGCCACAGGAAAGUUUGGCUCACGUUAGUGCUAACAAACUAUCAGGGCAAAACCCACAUGCAAAGGGAGGUUUUUUGAGAUAGUCUAGUAUGGUUUGCAGAUAAUUUCAGCUAGUUUGAAUAAAGCACUGUGUAUGUACAUGCCUUUGCAAGUGUAUUUCUGCUUGUAUAACAUUUGAGUCUGUGUACCCUGUCGCAUUUUGUUUUCAAUAAAGAAAAAAUUAAGAUUA